UCCUUCUGAAUCUGCGUGCGUCCCAUUCCGCGGAUCCCGAGAACUUAAAAGACAGUAUAGAAUACGUACUGGCUCCCCGUACCUAGAAUGAACAGUGCGAAGACUGUGCGUUUGGUACUACUUCCUUUCUGCACAAGCUACGGUAAUCCGAAUGAGCACGGGCGUUGCAAACGCACCGCGCAAUUCUACGGCCGCCCAUCGCAAACCCAACACGUCACAAAGCAACCACAGUAGGUGCAGUGCAGCACACGACGCACGCGAGUGCAGCCGGUAUCAUGGGAUACGACUGGGAAGCACACAAGCAGGCAUGCCAUCAGCUCUAUAUCGUCGAGAACAGGUCGCUGGAUGACUUGGUCGAGCUUAUGCGGCUGCGGCAUAAUUUUACGCCCUGUCGCCGCGCCUUCCAGCUUCAAUUGAGAAGGUGGGGCUUCCCCGAGAAGCCCUCCCAGGCAUACAAGUAUGCGCACCUGGUGGACCGUGUGCGCGAGCUCUGGGAGAGCAACCUCAACCAGAAGGAUAUGCUGUCCGCUCUCCACGCCGAAGGCGUCAACAUCAAAGACAACACUUUGAUGCGCAUGCGCACCAAGUUUGGAUUCUACCUGCGCGACCUCGGCGGUCUGGCCAACCCAAUCACCUUCACCAACGGUGUUCCCUCUAAAGCCAAGGCGGGGACGAAGCGCCGGAGGGCCGAGACUGACGCGUCCGGCAGCGGCGACGAGUCGGACGAGUCUGAGUCCGAGUCCGACUCGGGGUCAUCGGGGUCGCCAGAAGAGGAGAGCGGUUCCGGUGACAAUGACACCAUUUCCCGCGGCCUCCAGCAGUCUCGGACUGCCCCUGCCCGGCCCGUCGACCAUGCCGCACAGCAGGCCCGGAGGGAGGCGAGGAAGCGCGCGCUCGAAGCCAAGUCGAUAGAGGACUGGGCUACCAAGAAGCGGCGGCGCCGUUCCAAGGGCUGGGCCGGCAUGCCGGCCGACCCGGGCCCGCCGCGCUUCCCCUCCGAGACGUCGCUCAGCGAGUGCAAGGUGAUCCUGCAGAUCGACGAGAAUGCGUACCGGGAGAUACGCAACAGCUUCCAAGCUCUCUGCGAGGCCGCCGGCGUUGCCAAGAAGACGGUCGCCGGCCCGGAAAAGUGGGAGGCGCUCAAGGACCAGCUGGUGCGCGAGUCGAUUCCGCUGCGGUCCGUCAUGUGGGACCCCGACAACAUGGAGCAGAAGCGGCUGGCCAUUGAUGUUAUUGCGAACGACGUGACCAAGCGGAUCCGGACCCUGUCCAAGGCCAUGUCCAUCGCCCAGGCCAAGACGAUUCUCGGCAUGAACCCCGAGGUCGGCCGAGAGUUCCGCUCGUCGCUCUACAGGAUGCUGGCCCGGGAAAACUUUACGACCAAGUACGAGGAAGGGCUCGAGUACUGGGAGGACAUCAAAACCAGGUGGCUCACCAGCUCCAAGCUGUGGGAGCACCUGCUCACUCUGUCUCCCGAGACAGACCUGGACUACCCCACCAAGAAGCGAGCCUUGGACCUUUUGGCUCGCGAUGCUUUGCGGCGCUACCGCUUCGACUUGAACCAACGGGAGAAGAAGGCGCGAGCCCCGCCCCCAGAACCGCAGGCAGAGCCGGCCCGGGCGGGAAAUGCCGGCGCGGCCAGGGGCCGGCCCCGCGGUCGUGGCGGGCGAACUGCGGGGCCAUCACGGCCCGCUGCGGCGGCAGACACGCGGCAGACCAUGCCAGCGGCCACACUAUCGCCGCAGCGGUCUCGGCGCGCUGCCGGGGCGGCGACCUCGUUGCACACCGAGCCUCGCCUUCUUCCGCCAGAUGCCGACCCAGCGCCCCCGCCGCAGCAUGCCGCAGCGCAUCCCCAGCCAGACCCCGAUCUGGCAUCGAUGCACGAGGCCGCCCUGUUGCUCUCGGCCGAGACGAACAUCGACCCGUUCUUGGAGCAGGAGCAGUACGGGCAUGGGGGGUACCAAGCCCACCAGCCGGCCGCUCCCCAGCAGUCAGCCGCCAUUGCCGUCUACUUCCGACUGCAUCCGGCGUCGGCGGUGCACGUCGUGACGGGGAGCAUCUGGAUCUCGGCGCUCGACACGCGGACCAUUGACGAGCUGCGUGGGAGGGCGCUCGAGAAGUACCCGGGGGCGGUUUGCGCCGGCAUCCAGGGCAUCAUCAAGGAUGGCAAGGGCGUCGACCUGCCGCUGCCCGUCAACGACGACGGCGAGCUCGAUGCCUAUUUCCAGCACGUCCAGGGCGUGUGCGCCCCAACGUUUAGCGUGCAGCUGAUGUCAGGAGAGCAGGGGCACUGGUGAGGUGCUAUCUUUUGGUCUGCUUGGUUGGGCUUGGUGUUGGGGACAAUGUACAGUACGAAUAACUGGCCGUCAUGGCAUUAGAGCGGCCGCAUAGGCUAGACAAUAGGGUGCAGAGCUAGCCUCGUUCCUGUCUCGCGACUUGCCGGACUCGGCUUCUUAUCCGAUUCUCGGGGACAGUGUCGAUGUCGUGACAUGAAUGGCGGGAGCGCUGCAAUAUGGGUUAAUAGGUUACAGGGGCUAGUGUAGUUUUAGCGUCUCGGUUUAGCUACACACGUAGGCAGCUACACCAAACAAUUGACGCUUGUUCUUUAACAAAUCACAAUGUCCAUGAUACUGAUACUGCGGAGCUAUUCAUCACCGUGAAUUAUCGUGACGUAUUUUUGGGGUUCAUGGUGUGCU